AAACUCGUGCUCCUUAGCAGACAAGGGUCUGAUGGGAUGCAAAGGAAACCAGCUCUCUUGGGGCUGGCCGGUUUCAGUCUCCUAAGGAGGAUCCAGCGCUGGGACGGGACAGGCACGCAGUGUGGUUACAGGAAGAAUUUUCUGCACUGCUGUCAUCUCCCCCAUUCUAACCUGCACAUCCUCUUGAUGUGAGGAAGUUGGUGAGAAUCUCGGUUCUGUGAAUUCGCUCUCUGUAUUGUUCAACAGGAAACGAGGGAGCGAGCAGAAGGCAAGUUGAGACCAGCUUUAGUCACCAACACGCACAGCCAGAAACAGGUUUCCUGCGCCGCUCCUGCCACGGCAGGCGUAGGGGCCGUUGCAAGCUGCUCUCUAGCAGUCGGCAAAGCUGGCACCAGAGUGCCACGGAAAUGCAGAAAAUGGAAACUGGUGCAACACCACCGUAGUGACCACGCGGGAGAGGAGCUAGCAAGAUGUGAGCCUGCAGGCGGAGGAAACAGGAAUUGUUCACAGGAAGCGGCUCCACCGUGCAGGGAUUUCUCAGCCAGACAUGGAGCCGGCUGGCGCUCUGGAGGACGUGUACGUCCUAGUGGAGUACGAAUUUGAGUAUGUGGCUAAGGAUGGGACGCUCAUUUCCAUAAAGCCCAACGAGCGGUACGUCCUGUUGAGAAGAACAAACGAUCACUGGUGGCAUGUUAAAAAAAGCAAGGACGCGCGUCCAUUCUACAUCCCGGCAAAGUACGUGAAGGAACUGCCCCCAGUCACCCGGCCCACCAGUGUGUUCGAGCUUCCUCCAGAAACCCCUGGACAGCUGGUCUCCAGGGACGCCUUGGAGACAAUUGUCCUACAGCCAGCCAGGGACCAGCCUUUGGCAUAUGAGUACAAAUUCCUGAGCGCUGCUCAGCAGAAAGAGCAGCACAAAAUGGAUACCAAUGAACCCGACGCUGACUUGGGGGCUGGGUCCGUGUGGUCAGGAUCUGGAACUUUGGGGUCCGCUUGCAGAGACGCCAGCUUCGAAGGCGAGACCCUGACUCGAGCCGUAGGAGAGGGGAGAGACUCCCCUCCAGUGCUGAGCUCGUUUCACAACCCUCACUGCGCCAAGAGCAGCAGCCACUCUCCGGCGCUGCACAUCCCCCCCAUCCAGCACAUGCGCCCGACGCAGUCCCUGGAUGACCUGGCCAGGGUCAGUCCCAACCCCCGCCUUAGAGUCAGUCACACGGGGUCACGCAGGGCGGGGCCCGCAGCGGGCGCUUUGCUUUCCCCGCAGCCUCUCAGCAAGAGCCAAUCUGAGAACAUUUAUGAAUCCAUCAAGGACCUGGAGAGACAGGAGACGGCAGGUACGCGGGCAGGGUCCAGCCGGCCAGCUCAGGCCUGCCAGGAGGAGGAGAACCCCACCCCGGUGUAUGUGAACAUACAGGAGCUCCGGCAGCAAUCAGCAGCCACUGACCCCUCCCAACCCCAGCACUGCCCUAGCAGUGUCCUUGCGGACUGGGAGACCCAUACGGACACGGGCAGUGGGCACUUGUUCUACUACAACUCAGUGACGGGCGAGACUACCUGGGAUUCCCCGUUCGGGUGCCCAGAAGAUGGAGUGAGUCCUGCUCCCUCUCCCUUGCCAUCUCUUGCCCCCAGUCCCGCGGCGGCCGAAUGGGGCCAGUAUGUGGAUGACGCCAGCGGCCAGGUGUUUUUCUAUAAUUCGGUAACGGGUGAGACAUCGUGGGAGCCGCCCCCGGCUGCGGACGAGCCCAGCGCCCAGGAGAUGCAGCCUGCAAUUGCACCGUACAGACCCAUGGACCAGAGGCCGCCGACUCCGGAAACAGACUAUCCAGACCUGUCCCCCGAGGAGCUGGAUGGUUACCCGGAGGAGGACUAUUCCCCGGUGGGGUCCUACGAGCAGAGCCCCUACCCUUACCUUCUGCCAGGGAGAUCCCCCAGGCACUCGGCAGAGCUGAGCCCCUCUCCGGGCUGGUGCAGCCAGAACAACCCCGAGGGGCAAGCCUUCUACCCUGACCAUUUCGCCUCGGACACGGCCUGUGUGCUAGGGGGUCACCGGAGAACAAGCAGUGGGUCCAGCCAGGACAGCAGCCCCUUUGCCAGCUGGCACAACUACAUGCCGGCGAUCCUCAUCCAGAAAGAGGAGAAGUUCAAAAGCCUGGACAAGGCCGGAGUUCUUUACCGGACAAAAACAGCUGAUAAAGGAAAGCGAUUACGGAAGAACUGGAGCUCAUCCUGGACUGUCCUGGAGGGGGGCAUCUUGACCUUUUUUAAGGAGUCAAAGCAUUUGUCCUCCAGCAGCUUGAAACACCCUUCCAUGCUGACCACGCCCGAGCAUACUGUGGAUCUGCGGGGGGCUGCUGUGUCCUGGGCUCCCAAAGAGAAAUCCAGCAAGAAGAACGUUCUGGAGCUGAAGACCCGCGACGGUUCCGAGUUCUUGAUCCAGCACGACUCUGAGCCCAUUGUGGCCACGUGGCAGAAGACAAUCGCCGACAACAUCAGCAGGCUGUCCACAGACCUUCCUGCUCACGACGAGAACGGCAAUGUUGGGGACUUUGGAGCCAAGGAGAGACUGGGAAACAGCAAAGAUGAAGACAAAAAGAAUCCAGCCUCCGGGCCGGCGGCCUGUAGCCUGGGCUCUGAGAGCGACACCAGCAAAGUUCGGAACAGGCUGCGAAAGCUCCUCCAGAAACGGCCCCCUCUGCAGUUCCUGCGGGAGCGAGGGUACAUUAAAGACCAAGUGUUUGGCUGCGCCUUGCAAGCGCUGUGCGAGCGGGAGCACCGCACGGUGCCGUGGUUUGUGCAGCAGUGCAUCCAGACGGUGGAACACAGAGGUUUGGACAUUGAUGGACUUUAUCGAAUAAGUGGAAAUCUGGCAACUAUACAGAAACUGCGCUACAAAGUGGACCACGAUGAACAGAUGGACCUGGAUGAUGGCCGGUGGGAGGAUGUCCACGUCAUCACGGGGGCUUUGAAGCUCUUCUUUCGGGAGCUGCCAGAGCCGCUCUUCCCAUUCAGCUACUUUGACAAAUUCAUCAAUGCGAUAAAAAUACAUGACCAGGCGAAGCGCAGCAGGUGCAUCCGUGACCUGGUGUGUUUCCUACCUGAGGUCAACCGUGACACCAUGAAGGUUCUCUUCCAACACCUCUGCCGCGUGAUCGACUACAAGGAGCAGAACCGGAUGUCUGUGCAAAGCGUGGCGAUUGUGUUUGGGCCCACGCUCCUGAGACCAGAGACCGAGGAAGUAAACAUGGCAAUGCACAUGGUCUUCCAAAACCAGAUAGUGGAGCACAUCUUAAAUCAGUACAGCUACAUCUUCCCAGACAGCUAAGCCUGGCGGCGAGCCAGAGCCAACAGUGAAAGCAAGGAGCAGAGUCCCUGGGCUGGACCGUGGCGGCUGCUAGUGUGUGAUGCUGAAUUGUCCCAGCCUGGACUACAGACAAUGGUGGCGACAGUCCUUAAUAAAUUGGCAAUGCUGACGCUGGACUGCAGCUGCCUGGGAUGACUUUGUGCCAUUGGCCACUGGAGCCAUGUGACCAGUGCGCCUCCUUUAGAGAUGGGAAAACAGAGUCAGAGAAAACAGGCACCAGAUCGGUCAUCCUGCAAAACACUCCUGCUCGCCAGGGUUGGUACCAGGCUGUUCCCCAGGAGAAUGAACGGCCCCAGGGCCUCUGAGCUUUCAGCUGUCCAGCUGCUGAGAGGGGAGGGUCCUCCCUGGGGCUGUGCACUUUCACUUCGCUACAAGUGAAAGCAGCCCAGGCAGGAACUGGAGAGGGGCUGGACAACCUACCAGAUAGUGAAGUGGGGACAGCACGAGCUGCCUGCACCACUGGAACUGCCAGCAAGAGCUGCGCCAGGGCCCCCCUCCCACUCAGCUCCCACCACCCUCUGGGCCCUGGUGCUGCAGCACCCACCUCUCUGUGCCCGUCUCAGCCAAAGCAGCCCCAGGGACCCCCGAGCAGAACAGCAUGUUAUGCACACCGCGCUGCCGCGCCUCCGCUGGGCUCCAGCCCAGGUGUCACGCCGCCUGCCUCCCUGCAUGCCUGAGCACCUGCAGCCAGUGGGGGGUGACCCCUUCACGCCCCCGAGGUUGUUAUAGUGCUGAGAAGCCGAGACACAGGUUUUCAAAAGAGCUCAGCUUCCAGGGAGAGCAGGAGCAGCCUCCCCCCCCCCCGCCCCGUGGGAGUGGCCGAGCACUCCCCUAAGUGCCUUGCUCCCCCCCCCGUUCCCCCGCACAGUGAGCAGCAGCGUAGACCCCCCCAUUGAGCCCAGUCCCACUCCAGGGCCCUGUCACCCCCAGCCUAGGCUGUGUUACUGAGAGGGGAGUGGGCUCUGGUGCUAAGACAGCUUGGAGCCAGUGCAUGCCAAGGAGGGGGCUGAAGUCAACCACCCCCCCCCUUGAAAACUCCCCUUUUGUAAUUAAAAGGAGCCCUCCCCCCUCCCCUCGCAGCUCACUCUCCUCCCGGGAAACCGCUCCAGUUCUGCAGGCUCCUGCCCAUGCCUGGGUGAGGGGCUUAGUUCAAAGGCCUCUGGGCGUCUGCAGAGGCCCUGGGCCGUGCAUUUAAAUGGCUCACUGGCUGUUUUAGGGCAUUGCCUGGACCAGCCCUGGUCUCCCUGCAGGUCCUCAAGUCACAAGUCCCGUCAAUGCCGUGUCUAUUAUUUGUGUUACAGUCGCGCCCUGUUCUACUAGGCCCUACACAAACACAGUGCAGGCAGGGCUAGUGGGGAAAUGGCCGUUAUUUUCUGUGAAACAAGUUCACAAUGUGAUGGAUUUUUUUUGUCAAAAUUUUGUUUCCAUUGGAACCAAAACAUAAUUUAUAUGGUUGGGGGCUUUUUUGCACUUCUGCCCCCCAAAAACACAAAGGGGGGGGGGAACGACCCAACAAACACUGACAAGGUGGUGUUUUGGUUUGAAUUAAACUGAAUGAAAGAUUUUUUUUUUAUUUGAA